AUGCAGCUGGAUAACCCUAAAGAUAUCAUCUGGGCGGCUAGCAACUAUGAGCGCCACUUUCAGCUCGGAAAGGACUGGUUCGUCAAGCGGCAGCUCAGCACCAGCGAGCUCCCCGUCGACGUAGACGGGCAGGUCAUCCGCCCGCUAUGGGACACGGAGCGCCUCCGCAACGAGCACGCCGCGACCACCUUCAUCCGGCAGCACACCACCAUCCCCGUGCCGGAGGGCCAGCUGUAUUCCCGCGACGGCCUGCUGCACUUCGCCUCGCGCCGCGUCCGCGACGCCACCCAGCUCGACGCCUGCCCGCCACCCACCCGGACGACCGCCGUCGCCGCCGUCGAGCAGCAGAUGCGCCGGUUCAUCAUCCCGCAGCUGCAGCGGCUGCAGCGUGCACAGGUCGGCAGCGCCGGCCGGCACCUACCGCUGGUCCCGCCGCGGCGCGUCUACCGCCGGGACGACCGCGCGUGGGAGCGGCCGGCGUCGGCGGACGGCGGCGGCGAGGUCUUUGUGUUCUGCCACAACGACCUGGAGCCGAAGAACGUCUGGAUCCACCCAGAGACGUUCAAGAUCGUGGCGGUCACGGGGUGGGAGCAGGCGGGCUUCUUCCCGCACUGCUUUGAGCUCGCGCUGUGGACGGCGCUUGGCUGGGAGGAGAGGCAGGCGAUGCAGAGGAGCGUGCUGGCGCGCGACUUGGCGUUUUUUGGGCUUCGGCCAGGUGACUUGAGGAACUGUGUGCGAAAUCCAUGUUUAAGAUAG